AGUUCUUUGAUAAGCUCCCAAGGCGUUGUUUUAUCUUCAGAGAGCUUUCUUUAGAGAUGGCGGCGCUUAUCCGGUGUUGCUCCUCCUUCUCCCAGACUUCCGGUGGCCAACCACUGCCCCGCCACAAGUCUCAAGGUCCAGCCAUUUCGCCAUUGCUUUUUUCAAGGCUUGGAAAUUUACUAGUCAGGAAACCUGGGGAUCAUCAUCCUUUCUCCAAAAUUAUACAUUCGUCUUCUCAGCCCAAGGAGUGCGAGGGCAGAGGAGUCUUACAGACACCAUUUUCCAGUGUGGAAAAGUUGUCAACUUUUGAGGGAAUUGGCAGGCUCAAAUUACCGGUGAUGGCAUUGUUGUUUACAAACUCCCUACAGAUGGCUACACCACUUGAAGCUUUGGCUGCUGAGACAUGUGAACCAGAGAGCUCCAUGUUUAGCAUGCCAAUUUUGUUACUUGUAGCUUUAAUUGGAGCCACCGUUGGAGGGUUGCUUGCUCGGCAGAGGAAAGGGGAGUUACAGAGGUUGAAUGAACAACUACGACAGAUUAACGCAGCUCUUAGGAGACAAGCGAAAAUUGAGUCAUAUGCACCAAGCUUGAGUUAUGCCCCAGUGGGAGCAAGGAUCCCAGAGAGUGAAAUCAUUGUGGACCCAAAGAAACAUGAGUUGAUUUCCAAGUUGAAAACAGGAAAAACCUUUCUUAGAAAUCAAGAACCAGAGAAAGCGUAUGCUGAGUUCAAGAUAGCUCUGGAACUUGCACAGAGUCUAGGAGACCCCACUGAAGAAAAGAAAGCUGCAAGAGGCUUAGGCGCCUCACUGCAACGCCAAGGGAAGUAUAGAGAAGCCAUACAGUAUCACUCCAUGGUUCUGGCCAUCUCAAAGAGGGAGGGCGAAGAUUCUGGAACCACUGAAGCAUAUGGAGCUAUUGCAGACUGUUAUACUGAGCUGGGAGAUCUCGAGAAAGCUGGAAAUUUCUAUGAUACAUACAUUGCUCGGUUAGAGACGGACUGAUUCUUCCGCAAUAUCCUUUGUUGUCUGUUUGUGUUCAUGUCAAAUCACAUAAAAUGGAUAUCCAAAUCCCUUUUAUUUAAUGUAAUUUGCUUGUCGUACAA